UUGAAACCCUUUCCCCAAAUAAGAGAAACAAAGAAUCUCCGAUUCUUGAUAGGCAGAGAAACUAGGACAGUCCAAGAUAUGCGGACCAUACCGUUGGGAAUCUCAGUGUCCCCAACCUCCAUCAACACCACUCUCACCCUUAAACGACCAAACCACUUCCCUCUUUCCACUUUCACUUCCACUCCCAGGGUCUCUGCUUCAUCCAAUCAUGAUUUCUCUCUCCUCUCCCUCUCUAAGUCUGGAGUCUGCAGAGCCAGUCAAGUGGCCGAUCUAUUUCCUGCCGUGUCUCCUGAAAUUGUUGUUCGGGAGGCAAGGUUAGAGGACUGUUGGGAGGUUGCUGAGACUCAUUGCAGCUCUUUCUUCCCUGAUUAUGCUUUCCCUUUGGAUUUUGUUCUUAGAAUUGACCGGCUGGUAGGGAUGCUAGCCGGGUUUUCUCUACCAACUGGUUGCAAAAGGACUUGUCUGGUAGCAGUCAUUGGAAACUCUUUUGAUGAAACCUUCCUCUUUGGAAGUGAAGAUUUUAAAAUUGCCGGUCUUGAUGGGAAGAUCAGUCUCAAUAAGAGGUAUGUGGCUGGAAUAUUGACAGUGGAUACAGUAGCUGAUUUUCUUCCUAGAAAAGGUCCUCUCCGGCAGAGAAGGACUGGUAUUGCAUAUGUAUCAAAUGUUGCUGUUCGGGAGAAAUUACGACGAAGAGGAAUUGGGAAAAAACUAAUAGAAAAAGCAGAAGCUCAAGCAAGGAGCUGGGAUUGCCGUGCUAUUGCGUUGCAUUGUGAUUUGAACAAUCCGGGAGCCAUAAAGCUGUACAAAGGUCAGGGUUUCAAAUCUAUUAAGGUGCCUGAAGGAGCAACUUGGCCUCAUCCCAAGACCGGGCCUGAUGUUAGAUUCAACUUCAUGAUGAAGCUUCUGAACAACACUAGUGCAACAACUUAGACUUGAAACAUGUAAACAACUUACAAGAAAGGAGAAGGGACAAGAACCGUAGGAAUACUUUCAAAAAGGCUGUACAUAAGUAAAGGGUGCAUUGCAUAAAAGUGCGUGUGUUGCAUUUUUGUUGAUAACUCUUUAUUUUUAUAUUUUCAGAUGAACUCUAACCUUGUACAACCCUGGUAACAAGUUUGAGAUAAAUCAAGAACAGACUCACAUAUACCCCAAGGGGUUUGUGUCUGGGUUUAUAGCCCCCCUUUAAGGCAUGGUAUCAAUGGCAGUUUGGAGAUGAA